UACCCAAUUACCGAUAGCUUUCUUUUCCGUUACCAACACACUUCCAAAAGUAACCAAAAGUAAUAAUUAAGUUUGAAAAUAGAGAUGAGUGAAUUGACAUUUGGAUAGACACUCGAACUUUGAAAUUCAAAGUAUUGGGCCGGCGUUUGUCAUAUCACCACCGUUCCACUCACCCACCACCACCACACAGUGAUGGCGAACGAACCACCACUCUCCAUCUACCAACAAAAGCUCGACCUCAUGGGUUCCACAAACCACCACCACUUCCCCCAAAGACUCGCAACAUUCCUAAACCCAGUCGCUAAAACCCUCCAUGAACCCGCACCCAUCUCCAAACCCACCAAACAACCCAACCCACACUUCAACUUCAAACAAUGGAGACACCCACCAGCCAAAUGGGCCAAAUGGGUCGAUCAAAUGGCCCGAAAACACAGCACCGUGUGGAAACAAUCCGGUAUAUUCAACCCCAUCAUGAGUUCCAUUUACAAAACCCCUUGUAACCCUAACAUCAUCUCAACAUUGUCACACUUUUGGACCCCACAAACCAACACAUUUGUGUUCCCAUGGGGUGAAGCCACUCUUACUCUAGAAGAUGUUAUGAUUCUUGGUGGGUUUUCAGUUGUUGGUGAUUCUGUUAAUGAUGGUAGUGUUGCCUUAAUCCCGGAUUUGGCGGGAAAAGUCGAGAAAAUGAACCGGUUCCGGUCGGAGUUAGUUAGAAGUAAGUCGAAAAAGGCUUCGCAUUCGAAGUGGAUGCAAAUGUUUAUGACAGACACAAACGAACAGGAACAUGAACAAGAACAUGUUGGGUUCUUGGCAUUGUGGUUGUCUAGGUUUGUUUUCCCUUCGGGUGAUCAAGAUUCGGUAGGGAAACAUGUGAUCCCGAUUGCGGUGAGACUAUCGCAAGGGGUUAAACUGGCUCUCGCGCCUGCGGUUCUUGCGUAUAUUUAUCAUAAUUUGACAAAGCUGAAAGAACAAUGUGUGGACUCGAGUUAUUCGAAUUUGAAAUCGAGUAGUUGUGUUAAUCUUUUGGGACCAUUUCAGUUGGUUCAGAUUUGGGUGUAUGAACGGUUUCCAGUUGUAGGACCAAAACGGCCCAAUGAGCUUAGGCCCGGUGAGCCAAGAUUAGCGCGAUGGCAUAGUUUGAAUUCAAAUGCUGGUUUACCGUUGUUUCAUUCGCAUAUGAUCAGUCUUGAGAGUUUCAUUUGGAGACCGUAUGCUGUUGAUCUGCAAAACUGGAAGCAGCCGUUAUAUUACCAAGAUUCUGAACAGAUUAUAUCCGAUUCGCUGGUCUUAGAUGAUGAUUUACAGUCUUUCAUUCGUUUUAUAGCGCCUUGUGAGCUUAACGGGCUGGGUUGUAAAGCGGAAUAUCAUCCUCACCGUGUGGCUAUGCAAUUCGGGUUUGAUCAAGACAUCCCUGGUGACGAUCUCUCUGGUUACGAAUUUUGUAAAUUUGGGAAGUUUUUUGUUCCAUCGAGAUCGUUCCAACCCGGGGUUUCAAAGCGGUACUACGAUUGGUGGAAGAAUGUGGAUCGAAAGUGUGUCGAAAACGAGCAAGAUUCGUGGUUAGGUGAGAGGGUGAAUGCAUCAGUGGAAUGUGGGAAUUUUGAACAAGAAAAUUGUGAUAAAAAAUGUGAUUCUGAGUUUGUUGAAGAUGAGUUUGAUGACAUUUUGGUGAGUUUGAAGAAGAUAUGUAAUGCCACCAAGAGGAAGAUAGAUGCACUCAAAGAGUCAUGUGUUGGUGCUCCACAAAGUAAAAAGGAAAAGUUGGGAAGUGGAUUAGGGAAUGAAGCAAGUGGUGUCAUCAUAGUUGAUUAAUAUCAAGCUUUUGGAGUAGUAAAAAGACUGAUCAUAUUUAGAGGUUUGAAUAUGAUGUUUUGGUAUUGUUAUGUAAAUUACUAAUGUGUAAACUAACUGGUAUUCCACUCCUUGGUUGUUCCCUUCUUUGGAAUGUUGAUUAUUGAUCUAA